AUGGCUUCGCUUUUUGACCCCAUGGGGUUUCUUGCACCGUCGUUCCUCAUUCAGGCUAAGAUCAUUCUUCAAGAGAUUUGGACGCGAGGACUCGAGUGGGAUGAUGAGAUCGUGGACAGCAACAUACUUACAAAAGCAGAAAGUUGGCUUAACCAGUUGAACAAGUUGGAUGACAUCAAAGUACCACGAUGCAUAUGGCUAGAAAAGGACAAAAAGGUCCUCUCGAUCACCUUGCACACAUUUGUUGAUGCAUCCCAAGAAGCGUAUGGUGCCGUGGUCUAUGCAAAAGCUAUUUACGUCAGUGGCAAUCAAUCAUGUCGUCUGAUAGCUGCGAAAACAAAAGUUGCACCACUCAAAGCAAUGAGCAUCCUUCGUCUGGAGUUAAUGGCCACUGUAUUGGGAACAAGACUAACGACGUCCAUCACCAACACUCUUACAGUGAAGCCUGAACAAGUCACCCACUGGUCAGAGAGUAUGAAUGUUCUUUGGUGGAUACGCAAUGCAAGUCGAAAGUAUCAAGUAUUUGUCGCGAAUCAUGUGGGAGAGAUUCAAAUGUUAACUAACCCGACUCAAUGGCGUUACAUACCAUGCGAAGAAAAUCCGACAGAUCUGCUCACAAGAGGAGUAACACUCUCUACCUUAGCUUCCAUGAAUUUCUGGUGGCACGGUCCUAGCUUUUUGGCGCAUGAUGAAUCUACGUGGCCGAUCAAUCGAAUUGAAAUGCAGACAAGCCCAAAUGAGGAAAGAAGAAAUUAUUACAAAAAGAAAAUGAGAAGAAAGCAGGAAGAGUCUGUUGAAGGCGAAGAAAUAACAGAAAGAACAAUGACUGCUGUAAAUGCAAAUGCUGUUCAAUCUUGGCGAUUACAACCAACCUUGUUUUCUUCCUGGCAAAGACUGGUUCGAGUCCGAGGGUGGGUUAAUCGGCUUAUAACCAAUUGUAGAACUGUUGAUGGUCCCAUUCACAGAGAGUUGACUUCUGAUGAAAUCAGAGAUGUAGAGAACGCAAUUAUAGCAAAGUCUCAAAGAGAAUCCUUUCCAUUAGAACUGCAAGCACUUCAAUGUGAAAAGGAACUGCCAAAGAAUAGCAAACUACUUGGUCUGUGCCCCUGUCUACACAAAAACGGCCUGAUUAGAUCGAACGGACGACUACAAUAUGCUGAAUUUCUACCUUUCGACGUCCGGUUCCCAAUCAUUCUACCGAGGAAGCACUAUGUUACCAAAUUAUUGGUAAAGUAUUACCAUGAGCAAGGCUGUCAUAUUGGUGGUACUAACCAAACCCUUGCUGAUAUCUCUUCACCAUUCUGGAUUGUAUCAGGGCGUGAAGAAGUUCGGGAUUGGGAAAAAGAGUGUUCAGAAUUUAGACGAAGAAACGCAAGGCAGCAACUCAAAUAA